AUGGCAACAGCAACAAUAACCACGACCAAGCGCAGCAAGAAGGAUGUUGAUCUCCCCCCAGAAAACGAACGUUUUCUACGAUGCUGUGCAGACAUUGCCAACGCCCUGAUUGAAGAUCAUGAAGCCUCUAAAGACCCAACUCGGCCCAAAAAAGACAUUAACCUUAACACAUUGCGCGCCAAGUUCGCAAAGAAGCACAAGAUUAACAAUGUACCUCCCCUGACUGCCAUCAUUGCUGCAGUUCCAGAGCACUACAAAAAGUACAUUCUUCCGAGGCUAAUAGCCAAACCAAUUCGUACUUCAUCUGGCAUUGCCGUUGUGGCUGUUAUGUGCGGCCCUGAUUCGGAUUUUGAGUACAGCACUCAGUCUUAUACCGGAUAUGAGCCAACCUCAAUGCGAGCCAUUCGCGCUCGCUAUGAUCCCUUCGAGCAGGCUCGCGGUCGGGUCGACCAGCUCAAGGCUUUGGGUCAUUCUGUCGACAAGGUCGAAUACAUUAUCAUGGGCGGAACCUUCAUGUCAUUGCCGGAAGCAUACAGGGAGGAAUUCAUAGCCCAGCUUCACAACGCUCUUAGUGGAUAUUCGACGUCAAACGUUGACGAGGCGGUCCGUGCCGGAGAGCAGAGCAGCAUUAAAUGCGUAGGCAUCACGAUUGAGACUCGACCUGACUACUGUCUGCAACCUCAUCUCUCGAGCAUGCUCCGAUAUGGCUGUACUCGUCUGGAAAUUGGUGUGCAAUCACUCUAUGAGGACGUUGCGCGCGACACAAACCGUGGUCACACGGUCGCUGCUGUGGCUGAAACCUUCUGCCUUGCCAAAGAUGCUGGCUUCAAGGUGGUUAGCCAUAUGAUGCCUGACCUGCCAAAUGUUGGCAUGGAACGUGAUCUUUAUCAGUUCCAAGAAUACUUCGAAAAUCCUGCCUUCCGCACCGACGGCCUCAAGAUCUAUCCUACCCUUGUAAUCCGCGGCACGGGUCUCUAUGAGCUCUGGAGAACUGGUCGCUAUCGGAAUUACACCCCCAAUGGGCUGAUCGAUCUUGUUGCGCGAAUCCUGGCACUCGUUCCCCCUUGGACACGCAUAUACCGAGUGCAGCGCGACAUUCCCAUGCCCCUUGUCACGUCGGGUGUCGAAAAUGGCAACUUGCGUGAGCUGGCGCUCGCACGCAUGAAGGAUUUUGGCACAACCUGCCGUGAUGUUCGUACCCGAGAAGUGGGUGUCAACGAGGUGAAGCACAAAAUUCGGCCCAACCAAAUUGAGCUUGUGCGCCGUGAUUACACGGCCAACGGAGGUUGGGAGACCUUCCUUGCUUACGAAGAUCCUAAGCAAGACAUCUUGAUUGCUCUGCUUCGCCUCCGAAAGUGCAGCGAAAAGUAUACGUUCCGUCCAGAGCUGGUCGGGCAGCCCACUAGCAUGAUACGUGAGCUUCACGUGUAUGGUAUGGCGGUCCCGCUUCAUGCACGUGAUCCUAAGAAGUUCCAGCAUCAAGGGUUUGGUACGCUAUUGAUGGAGGAGGCAGAGCGAAUUGCACGAGAAGAGCAUGGAAGUAUCAAAAUCAGCGUCAUCUCCGGCGUGGGCGUUAGAAGUUAUUAUCGCAAACUGGGGUAUUGGCUUGACGGACCGUACAUGUCCAAGUGGUUAGAUGGCCGACCAGGGCCUGAAGAACAAUAA